ACAUAUAUCAAUCAACGGUUUAUAUAAAUAAUCACAAAGGUUUUGUCUAGUUCACUGGAACUUUUUGACCCAUAUGGCUCGAUCAUCAGUACAUGUUUCAUAUGCAACAGUACCAAUGGUUAUUGUCAUGACGGUUUUAUGUUUGUUUCUAGCAAAUAAUGUGACCCAUGCCCGAAUGCCAGCCAGUUACUAUGUUGGAGGCGUGUAUGGUUGGGACCCGAUUAUUCCAAUGGACACUUGGGCACGAGGCAAAAUCUUCUACGCUGGUGAUAUUCUCGAAUUUAAAUACGAUUAUCAGACAAGCAAUGUGAUGGUGGUAAAUCGUACUGGCUAUGAAACGUGUAUAGCAAACGAGGGUGCGAAAGAGUACACAUCCGGCGACGAUAGGAUCAGCCUUCCAUAUGGUCUUAGCUACUACAUCGGGACAUAUGAUGCUUCUGAUUGCUCAGCUGGCUUAAAGAUGGCCAUAAGAGCAAUUAGUUGAAAUAAGUAAUUAGUU